CCUUCCGGCUCCCGGGCCGCGCACGGCCGAGCCCCGGAGAGCGCGCAGGGGCGAGCGGAGGAGAGCGCCGCCAGCGCCGGCUGCCUGCGUCUGGGGAAGAGCGGCGCCCCGGGGGGCGAGCCAUGCCCCGCGCCCGAGCGUAGCCGCCGGGGGCUGCCCCCCUGCCCCCUCCCCUCCCCCCCCGGGAGCCGCGGGCCGGGCAGGGCGCGCGACAGGAGCAGCCCCGCGCCGCGCCCACCGCGCGCCGAGGACCAUGCCGCCCCCGGGCCGGGCGCCGCCGCUCGGGCUGCUGCUGGCGCUGACUGCGCUCCGGUGCCCAGAGACCGAGAGCCGGGGGAUCGUGGACAGCCUCCAGAGGUUCUCCUCGCUCCCUGCCUACCUGCCCACGAGCCUCCACAUCGCCGAUGCGGAGGAGGCCUUCUUCCUUAAAGAGGCCAACCAGGACGUCACGAGGAACUCCAGCCUGCGGGCUCGGGUGGAGUCGUUCUUCAUCUACCGGGCCAGGAGCCCCCCGACCGUCAAUGCCACCUAUGGCCCGUUUUCAACAGAGAAGACCAUCCCCCAGGGGCUCUUGUUGACUUCCACAUCCUUUGGAAACAUGGAGAAGUUUCCCUUCAACUGGAAGCUGAAAUCUCACCUCCUCGACAGCUCCAUCUACUCCAACAGACCCAAGGUGCAGACCCUGUUCUACGUCACCGGGAUGCGCUGGGAUGACGGCGACCCCGAGGAAGAGCUGCCGUGCGUCAGGAUGUUCGCUUUCCCCGAGGCCAGGGAGGUGGCGGCCAGCUGCCGGCUGCAAGGGGCCCCGGGGCUGUGCGUGGCCGAGCUGGAGCUGCUGCCCGAGUGGUUCAGCUCCGGGCUGGACCUCGAGCCCGAGGAGGAGAUCCCGGCCCUGCUUGGGGGCACCACCAUGGAGCUCUUCUUCUCGCUCUACCCGGCCGACCAGGCCGGCCAGUGCCCGCCGGAGGAGGACGGGAAGUGGGAGAACAACGCCCACUCCGGCCAGGACGGCCCCCAGCAGGUGUUGCCGGCCCGAGAGAGGGUCGGGAGCGUGGUGGUCUACCCGACUCAGGACGACCUCAGGUGGUCCCUGGUGAGCCUGGAUGAGAACGUCGUCGUCUCGGUGCCCCUCAACCUCGUCCGGGAAGGGGACACAGCCACCUUUUUGGUCUCCCUGACCAGUGGCUCUGUGGCAGACCACUUCACUCUCAGAAUUAAGGCAGCAGCAGGGGUGAAGAUAACGGCCGUGCGAGUCACCAGCGAGCAGCAGUGGGCAGUCCAGGAGGAAAUAGACAGCAGUGGCGUUCAGACGACGGCCACGCUCACCUGCGUGGGCCACCAGCCGGACCCACAGAGCAGAGCGAAUGGCUCUGUGUAUGAGAUCUUGCAAGUGGACUUCGGGAUCGACAACAGCAGCGGCCUGGCCGGGGCCCAGCCCAUCACCUGGCAGGUGGAAUACCCAGUGGAGGACUCCAUGAGCGAGCUGGCCGUCUCUGAGAUCUUUGUCAGCGAGUCGUCCUUUGUGGGCAUCGUCCCUCUUGCGAUGGACACGGAGGUGCUGAACACGGCCAUCCUCACCGGGAAGGCUGUCUCGGUUCCCGUCAAGGUCGUGGCCGUUCAGGAGGAUGGCUCCGUGGUGGAUGUGUCCGAGGCCGUGGAGUGCAGGUCUGCGGAUGAAGAUGUCAUUAAGGUUUCUAACCACUGCGAUUCCAUUUUUGUGAACGGGAAGGAGAUGAAGAGCCAAGUGCACACGACCGUGAACUUCACCCACAAGCACUUCACCUCUCAGCUGGAAGUCACCGUGUGGGUGCCCAGGCUCCCCCUGCAGAUUGAGAUCUCAGACACAGAGCUGAGCCAGAUCAAGGGAUGGCGGAUCCCCGUGGCAUCCAACAGAAGGCCCACCCGGGAGAGUGAGGAUGAGGAGGACGAGGAGAAGAAGGGGCGCGGCUGCUCCCUGCAGUACCAGCACGCCACGGUGCGCGUCCUCACCCAGUUUGUGGCCGAGGCGCCCGACUUGGGUCAGCUGAGCUACAUGCUGGGCCCCGACUGGCAGUUCGACAUCACUGACCUGGUGAUGGAGUCCAUGAAGGUGGAGGAGCCGAGGAUCGCGCAGUUACAGGGCGGCAGGACCCUGGUGGGCCGGGAGCCGGGGAUAACCACCGUGCAGGUGCUCUCCCCGCUCUCUGACUCCAUCCUGGCCGAGAAGACGGUGAUCGUCCUGGAUGACCGCGUCACCAUCGCCGACCUGGGCGUGCAGCUGGUGGCUGGCUUGUCUCUUGCCCUGAAGCCUCACAGAGCGGACAAAAGAGCCAUCGUCUCGAUGGUGGCCGCCCAGGACGUUCUCCAGGCCCCGCAGCAGGAAGCGAUAGUCAGUUCUUGGAUUUUGUUCAGUGAUGGUUCGGUGACACCCUUAGACAUUUAUGAUCCCAAGGAUUUUUCAGUUACUGUGUCGUCAUUGGAUGAAAUGGUGGUGUCUGUCCAGGCAAACCUUCAGUCCAAAUGGCCGGUUGUGGUUGCACAAGGUGAAGGCCAAGGUCCCCUGAUUAAAUUAGAAAUGAUGAUUAGUGAGCCCUGUCAGAAGACCAAGAGGAAGAGUGUUCUUGCUGUGGGUAAAGGAAAUGUCAAGGUCAAAUUUGAACCAAACGUUGAUGAGCACCUGGGAGGCACCAACGAUAUCGAGGGCUUCAGUCGGGAAUAUAAAGACCACUUCAGUAAUUCCAUAGGGCGUGAAGGAAACCAGGAGAGAGCGGUUCAGGAGUGGUUCCAACAUGGCGCCUCUGUUGGCCAAGAGGAACGUAGCAACAAAAGCACAACCCCACAGUCCCCCCUGGAAGGAAAGGAUAAGAAGUUACUCAAGAGUGGCGGUCCAGACGCCUUCACAAGCUUCCCCACUCAAGGGAAGUUACCGGAACCCAAUAAUCCCAGUGACCUUACAGUGACCUCAAGGGGGUUAACUGACUUGGAGAUCGGCAUGUACGCUCUGCUCUGUGUCUUCUGCCUGGCCAUUUUGGUCUUCUUAAUCAACUGUGUGGCAUUUGCUUGGAAAUACAGACACAAAAGAUUCGCUGUGAGCGAACAAGGCAACAUCCCCCACUCCCAUGACUGGGUCUGGCUUGGGAAUGAAGUAGAACUUCUGGAAAACCCCGUGGACAUCACCCUCCCAUCGGAGGAGUGCACAACCAUGAUAGACAGGGGGCUGCAGUUCGAGGAGAGGAACUUCCUUCUCAACGGCGGCUCCCAGAAGACUUUCCACAGUCAACUACUCAGACCCUCUGACUAUGUCUAUGACAAAGACAUUAAAAGUGAGCCUAUAAACCCAUCGGGCCCAAAGAGGAAGAGAGUCAAGUUUACUUCCUAUACCACCAUCCUCCCGGAGGAUGGCGGCCCAUAUACCAACUCCAUCCUGUUUGACAGUGAGGAUAACAUCAAGUGGGUCUGUCAGGACACCGGGCUGGGGGGCCCCCGGGACCUUAGAGACUAUAUGGAAAGGCUGCAAGACCAGAUGUGAACUCCUUUCUUACGUUUGUAUUCACCUUUAUGCCUUCUGUUUUUUGAACGGUGGAGCAGUGAGUUUGUUCAGCAAUAGGGGAUGAUUUAACAAAGCUUAAUUUGUGGAGGUCUGGGAGGGAUCCUUUUAUGAGCAGGUGUCAGAGGCCCAGAGAGCUAGAGCUGCCAGGUGAUAAGCCAGGAAAUGUCUCUAAAGCGGCCACAUGCAGAUCCUGGAGAAAUUCUAAGACGACAGUUGUAUCUGCUGCCUGGUACUAGCUCAGUUCAAAUACAAUAAACCUGACCCCACAGACGUUGUUAGUCAUCUCGCGACAAACGGCCGUGUGGAUUUAGAAAAGGCUUGGGUGUUGAUUUUUCUAUUCCUAGAACUUUUAAAGCACAGCGGACAUUCCUUGCCCUUGGCCUGAGAUGGGACGUACGUGAAAGAUGCCGAAUGUAGCCGCCCUUAUUUGUUAUGAGCGCUGCUCGUUAUUUUUAUAUACAUUUGCACCUGCACCUGGUUUCCUUUGGCCUCUGGAAUUCUUUUUGAAACGUGAAGAAAAGCAAUUGUGGUCUUCUCUCUGAGAUGUUUCAUUUACACAUGAGUUUGAGUCGCUGGCGUUUGCCGCGUCCCUUCAGGACGUUAGGUGUCCUCCAGUUUUCCACACUCCUCACCUAGGGGGCCAUAUCUGAGAAACUUCUCCUCAUGCUGUCCUUCCUUCUCUUUGUUGUGAAGCUUCCUUGUAUCAGGACUGGGGCCAUGGGGUUUUACAUAAAAUAUUAAUAUCCUGUGAGGGAGGGCCAUGUCUUUACAGUUUUCUAUAUGAAGCUUAAAAACUUUGGUGAACACAUGUCAGCCACAUUUAUUUUUUAUCUUCUGCCUGUGGAAGAUUCACGGGAAUUCCUGGAGUGCAUUUCUGAGGGUUUUAGAAAAGACCCCGAAAUAGUUGUCUUUAUACUGGUGCUUUCUGGUCAACGCAAUGUGUUAUCCGAACUGAAAUCAAAAUUUUAAGUUAAUAUAUACAGAAAGGAAGUUGCGUGCAAAGUACAUUCAGAUUAAACUUCCAUUUUACCAGAACAACAACCACCACAAUAUGAAAGUAAGUAGAAUGAUGUUUCCACUUAGCAAUAUGUAGAAGUCCUUCCAUACAAUGACCCUCCCCACCUUACCCCCCCAAAACUCAUCAGCCAUGACUCUGGCAGAGAUAAUACCUACACAGGGUGUGCUCUGAUGGAGAAAAGCAAGGGGUUUGCCCUCAAGUCGCGUAAAUGACUAUUCGAGAGUUUAAGGGAUUAUGUUGAAAAAACCAUAGCUAUUGGAAAGCCAAAGUGGCAAUAGGGAAGAAAAAAAAAAAAAAGCGUGACCACUGCAUAAUUUUUAGAUUCAAAACUGUUUUUCAAGGAAUUGUAUGAAUGGUUUCAAGCAAAGCAGGAAUUUCAGAUUAGGAGAGUGUAACAUUUUACUGAAAUGGGUUAGUGAGGAUCCUGAGCUUUCUGGUGCCACCUGCAUCUCUAGGAAAUAGAAAUUUAAAAGCCAGAGCAGCAAAGGUGCAGGGAAGCAGCUUCUUGACCCCACAUGGCUGCUGAGCGAGCUAUUUGAACAAGGGACAUUUGGUUGUUUUGGGGAAGCGGGGGGCAGUACGGCCCGGCCUCCUCUGACCCGUGUCUCCUGCCCACAGCACUGCGGUGGGUUUCUAAAUGGUGCAUAGAUUACCAAGGACAUAGGCCUGAUAUUUAGAGGCCAAUGUUCAGUCAAUCUUAUGUUUAAGUUGGGGAUUGAGGAGUGAAGUGGGUGAAGUUCCAAAAAAUCUUUCAACUUGGUGGGUGAACGGAGCCAGGAGGCCCAGGCAUUAGCUUCAAAGGGAGUUUGCAAAGAGACAGCUAAUGCCUGGCACGAAGGGCACCUCAGGUGGCCUGAGGAGCCUGUCACUGCUGAUUGAGGGGUUCGAGGCAGGGACGUGGCCCAGAGCCACUGGGGAUGCUGAAAGGAAGUUCACACACUAAUGCAGCAUAGCUAUCCAAAGGAGCCCCUGGUUCAGUGAGGCUCUGGCAGGGGAGGUGAUCUGGAAAGGAAGGAGGACGUUACCAUUGUCAUGAUUAGCGUUACAGAGAAGCUGGCUAAUCAGAGUGUUCCCUGGGGUCUGAGUGAGUGAUGUGGGCGGAGUGCAGACUUGGGGGCGCUAGACGGUAGAAGGUGCCAGUGCUUUCUCAAGAGUCAGGAGCUGUCCGUGGUGCUGAAGUUGCCUCCUGUGGGUGAUACAGGCUCUGCAUAGUCACCUUUGUUCAAAGUCAGUUCAAGGUGAAAGUCGCAUGAAAGGUCAUGGAAGAGGGGUCCCUUUUACCACACAGCACACACUCGUGCGCGCACACACACAUACGUAUGUGAGUAGUGAAGAGUCAGAGGAUACAGUAUAUAGCAGGAACCAGCACAGUCCACGGUCCCCCGAUUUGCCGUGGGCAUCAUUCCACUGUCCAGGAUUUCAGUGAAGUUCUUCUUGUCCUAAAUAUCUCCUGCUGACCAGCAGCCAUGGAUUAUAUCUGCCUGAUUUCCAAAAGAUCAUUUAAAACAAAUAGGAACUAUGCUUCUACAUAUCUAAACCAAGAUGGGGAAAAGACAUAAAUCAUGAAACCUUGAAAUACAGUUCCCUAGGGACCUGCAUGUGCCUGGAUCUUCCAGGUUUUUAUAGCUGAAAUAUCCAAUUGCUCAGUGUGAAUAAUGAUCUGAACAGAACAGUGUUGAUAAAGUCCCUUCCUCUCCUUAGGAAGUGACUGUGUAGACCUCCUCCUCCACCUCCAAGGCAGACACCAGCAAGCCUUGGGAGGGGAACAGGCUGGGAACUUCGUGGGUAACACGAAGGGUGGCUCAGGAGCCCAUGAUGACCAGGCCACCUAGCGGGGGAGGGUGAGACCAGUGUUCCCAGCGGCCAGAUGUGUCGCUCUCCACACCGCGCCCAGGGAUCGAGGAGCGGCUGCCACAACAGUAUAAGCGCACAGGGUUGCAUCGGAGGGAAAGCCAGAAGACACUUCAAGUUUCCCGGAAGGGCGCCACCCAGCAAACCUUGGGAUGCUCUGUGCACACCAGCAGAGGACUCACUGACUUCCUAGCUGUUUUGUGUUGUGCCCUGGCCAGGGUAAGCUCCCAGACUUAAACUCCAGGCAGAGCGUGUCUGUGUAUAAACAUUAAUGCAGGGAAAACAUGGAUUGAUUUUUGUACCAUUGCCACAUCUGUAGACAAGUACUUUGCUGAUUUUUAAGUUUUAGGAAGUCUGCAUUUGUUGUUUGCAUCCUUUCCUCACCCUUUUAGGAAGGCAUCUUCCCAAUGGUGGGGUGUUGGGACCGGUCAAGGCUCUGUCAGAGAACUAAGCAGUCCCCCUUCAAUGACCACACAGAGUGAUUGCACCUGCUUCCUCCAUGCCACCGGGACCAUUGUGUUUCCUACUCGAGUCAUCUCAAAAAUGGCUUCAAUCCUCCAUCCUCAUCUCUGUAAAUGACAUGAUAGAUGGUUUAUAAACUCAGCAACCGUCUCCUCCAUCAAAAUUAUACACGUGUGAUGUACCGCAUAUCACCUGCUGUGUAAAGGGAUGGGGCGGGUGGUGGAAAGGCUAUGCUAAGAUACAGAAAGCAGAUAUUUUUGUAGGUAACAGAGGCAGUACCCUGAGGCGCUGAGAGGUGCGCAGGAAUAAAGACAUUUUAUAAUAAAAGCAUGCAACGCUGUAGCUUUUAAAUGUACAGACAUCUCGCUCAAAAAUAUCCAAACCGAUGGUGGGGAGAACACCGAGCCUAACCUCCUGUGGGGCACCGGUUAGCACUGCUGCCUGGAGAGGGUGUGUUGCAUGGUGGCGUCACUGAUGGAAUCUGCCAGAAUCUUUCCAUCUUACUCUUCAUUACUUCUGGAUUUUUUUUCCUUUUCUUUUUUUUCCUGAAAAUACUUCAGAAAUAAAGUGACUACAUUUUCCAGCAGAAAGGUAUAUUCUAACCACAGGGUAACUCAUCAUUUUUAACAUGAAAAUAAACUCUUAAACAUUCUUCCGUGGUUUCCUUAUUUUAUGCACAUGUUCCCUGUUCAAUUUCAGCCUCUGUAUGAUUUCACUAUUCUUAUAUAUAUAUUUUUCUUCUUAGCCAGAGAUUUUUCAUACAUUUGAUACAGCAAUAAAUGGAAACCAAAAGAAAAUGUUUCUUAAAAGUUGCAAACAGCUUUUACCUUUGGAAAGUUCUCAUUUGUCUUCCCAGCUGGGGGACACUUAUUCCGGGAUAUCUUAGAAGGAGGGCUCAUGACACGUCGCUGUCCAGGGUCACACCGUCUUGGACUCAGUGCUGACAUGCGGGAUGCAACGGCCCCUGACCUUGGGCUCCCUUCUGGUCGUCCCUUGUCACUGCUCCCUCGUGUGUAUGUAUUUGGGGGCAGAGGCUUGAACAGGGCGAGGACUGGGUGCCGAGGGCCCAGAACAGGCAGAGCUCAAGAGACGUAAGAAAGACACAGGAUGGUCAGGCUCCUGCUUGGGAGGCUGAUUAAACGUUUCCGCUGACCACUGGCCAGGCAAUGCUAAGCCCCCGAAGUUUCUCGGUUGGCAUGUGUGUCCUUCCCGACACUGCCAGCAUCAUCUUGCUUUCAGGGGGAGGGGAUGCCAUUUGGGCAGUAACUUAACACGUCAUGAUAAAUGCCCCCUACUAAGUGGGCUCUGCAGGCAUCAUUUUGAGGCACUAGGUAUAAACAUGAUCUGCAGAGUAGCAGCCUUCAGAUGAGCCCAGAUGCUCUGCCAGGUGUGGAGGAUUUUCCACGUUCCGGGCAAACGCUGCCCACUGCCCACCUCCUCCUGGACCUCAUCCUUGGAACAUGAGAGGACGGAGACACGGACCCUGCAGUCACUCCCCAAGCCCAAUGUGCAUGCAUCCAGUUAGCAAGGCUGGUUUCUCAAAGAGAAGGAACAAAGAGAAAGAAACUUGAGAUGAAGUUCAUAAAGGAACGAACUCUGUAUAUUUAGAUUUUUGAGUGUGUGCAAAAUGCAAACGCUGAAUUUCAAGUUUGGGGGGUAUUGGACUUCUGAAUGCCUAAUUCAGUUUCUUUAUGGUUUUACACAAUUUAGAUUGGUUAUAGAAAGUGGUUUGCUUUUAGAAAUGUAUAAAAGUACAUGAAAGUGCAGAAACAUCGUCACCAGAGUUAGUGUUUAUAGACACUUCUGUGACUCAAGGUGAGCAGGACACUGUCACUUUCCAGAUGGGAAAUAAUAGUUCAAGUCCAAUAGGGCAAUGACCCUUCCCACCCAGUCCAAGAAAGUAAUCAUGCCAUCCAAACUGGGCCAUCUUUAAGGUCCAUGAGAUGCCUUUAUGAUUUCUUUGGCUUUAAUUAUUGCCCUCAGUCCGUUGUUCAAGAUGAAACUGGUUAAUUUUAUCUUAGGGAUUGAAAUCUCCUUUGAACCUGCAGAAGCUGAGAGACAGGUGAUCUUUUUAUGCAUCUACCGCUGCCCUUUGGGACUACAAAGCACUUUACAAAUAGAGAGAUGCAUGUUGCUUUGGAAUUCAGGGUCCACGUGAUGCUGACUGCUCUACCUAUUUGAGAAGAUUACUUCUCUAGGAUGGCGUAAAUCGCUGUUGACCUGACACUUUCUUUUCUUCCUUCGGCCAAAGAGCAUGCACCCGUAUAAGGUUGGAGCUGAAGUAAUCUGCUACUUGAUGAUUACCUCCUUUGUAGGAACCUCACUCGCUAAAUAACACCAAUGCCAGUGUAGACACUGCCUAUCUAAUGUAGUUUCUUCACUUAGAGAUGCUUCCUUGGAGAGUGUGCCUUUUUUUUUUUUCUUUGUCAUAACCGCUAUAGGAUCUCUGUUUUAUUUGGGUUCGUUCCCACAUAGGGCAAACGUGCUGUAAUCCCAUGGGUAUUUUAGGCUGACACGGGGCGCCCAUCAGGCAUCGGUAAGCACCCCCUCCCAGGUACUCAGCACCAUAGCCCACUCUUCCGGCUGUGCAUUUCCAAUGGUGCAUUUGUAAACUUGGAUCUUUUACUGUCCAGUUGCUCUGGUGCAGUAAAUUGCUUACCCCCGCCAGUUCACAUCCCCAAAGAUGCCAAGACUCGUGGAAAGGGAGAGACCAAAGGGCUUCCUCUUGGCUCAGACCACCAAGUGAGUGGCCUUUCCCAUAGCUGUCAUCCACUGGUAGCCUUAUUUUGAACAUCAAUUUAAAAUGCAGUGCAGAUUCCAGGAACAAAUCCAGUGCCCGCCCCCUGCCGUGACAGUUGAUGUUCUAGGCAUCAUUGUGGGUUGAAGCAAAUGCCCAAACUAUGAAAGUCAGGAGCGGAGAUUAGAGAAUUAAGGAAUAAGUGAUCACCCCAGUUGGCUGUAAGACAAAUGUGAGUGACAGUGGGGACCGUACAGAAGAUCCGUGGUAUCGGGGGGGAUCACAUGUGUCUCCCUGUGGCAAAUGAUUCUUACAAUGCUGCUUACCUAUCACACGUGUCUAGAGAGCAUGUUAUGUGCUCACAAUUACCUGUCAGUUGCUGAAUUUCGGACUCUUCUCAGGUAGGAGGAUCUGAUCUGGGCUGCAGAGCACAGUGAAUGGCCAAACCCACACAGCCCACUUCCAGGUGGCUUCAGGGCAACAAUGAGGAUGUUUUGUCUGGCAUCUGG